CUCGCGAGUACUGCUCCUGGAGUCCUGACUGAAGCUGGGGAGCGCGGGUCUCUGUGGCGCGAACUGACUGGGCGUUUCCAUUGUCGGCCUUUCACUACAGGAGCCAUAUAUUGAAGAUAAUGUCCGGAAGCUUCUACUUUGUAAUUGUUGGCCACCAUGAUAAUCCAGUUUUUGAAAUGGAAUUUUUGCCAGCUGGGAAAGCAGAAUCCAAAGAUGAUCAUCGUCAUCUGAACCAAUUCAUAGCUCAUGCGGCUCUUGACCUUGUGGAUGAAAACAUGUGGCUUUCAAACAAUAUGUAUUUGAAAACUGUGGACAAAUUCAAUGAGUGGUUUGUGUCAGCAUUUGUCACUGCAGGGCAUAUGAGAUUUAUUAUGCUUCAUGAUAUAAGGCAAGAAGAUGGAAUCAAGAACUUCUUUACUGAUGUCUAUGAUUUAUAUAUAAAGUUUGCAAUGAAUCCAUUUUAUGAACCCAAUUCUCCAAUUCGAUCAAGCGCAUUUGACAGAAAAGUUCAGUUUCUUGGGAAGAAACAUCUUUUAAGCUGAAUGCAGAAAAAUUCUGAAGUAAACAGUGUCACCACAAUGGGGUAUGCUCAGGAAUGUAUACAUUGUAAGUAACUUGAUUAAAUAGUCUGGAAAACUUUUACUUGUCUCAGUUUAUCUAAAUCUAAUAGAAUUUCUUUAUAAAGUAGUUACAUUCUGUUUCAUGUGGAUUAUCAACAAUUUGUUUGUGAAAUGUUAUUUAUAAAGAGCUUUUUAUCAAUAAUCUUAAUAAAUCGAAAAUAAGCUUUUGACUUUCCUGAUCUUGAUAUAACAAUUCAUUAAAAAACAAAAAAGUCAAGAUUGGGUAGACAAAAAGAUUCUCCAGAAGUGAAUGAGCUUGAUAGCACAUACAUUGACUGUAUAUUUGGAGAUGUUAUAAAACUUUAUAGUACAUAGUAUUACUCAAGAAGCUGAAGCAGAAAGAUUUGCAGUGCUAAAUGUUGCAUGCCUGCCUCUGUCAGAGGGUAGGAAUAGGAUCCUACUAUAGUUCUAGAAUCCUGGACCCAUGUAUGCAAAAUAGACCAGUUAUAGGCCACAGUGAAACAUAUUGCCUCCAUGUCCUUAUGUUCUUAUAGUUCCUCUCUCUGAAGACAGUAAACUAAGGGUUAAAUGGACCUGUUGAUCUCUAUUGUAAAAAACUGUAAUGCAAUUUAAGAAAUGUUAUUAAAGAAAAGUUUAGAUUACAUUAACAUUUGCAGUUGGCCUUUUUGGCUAUACACUGGGGGGACCAGGAAUGGUCUUUCCUGUCCUUUAAUAGUGUCUGAUUUGACUGUAAAAUAGUAAAUAUACAAGGAAGAGCAAGUAAUAGAACUGGAGUCUUUUUUUGUAUGUGUGCUAAUUGUGAGCAUAUCUGAAUAACUUUUGAGCAAGUAAUUCUAAGCUUGGUCUUAUAUUCUGUUAUGAAGUUGCUACUGGCAUUUUUUUUUACUCUAUUUAUUUAAUAUCUUAAAUAAAGCUGUAUGUUCAAUAUU